GUUUGCUGCAGGGUCCUUCAGAAGAGACGAAUGAGAAGCUGGGUGACGUCACAGGUUGUUGCUGCUGUGCGACCCUUGACGUCGCGAGCUUCAUGUGUUUGUACGAGCACGCGUCUAAAUAUAAGCUGGUCCCGAGUGUGUGUGGGGUUCAGAUGACAUCAACACACUCCCGCACAGCGAUGACAUAGACGAAGGAGGCAGAGCCCAGUCUUCUCCACCGGGGAGGAGAGCUCUCCUCAGAGAUGGCAAAUGAACUCCACGAGACGAUAUUCAUGGCCAAGCAGGAGCGCCACAAGAACCUGUUCCUCAACUACAAGAACCUGAACAUCUUCCCCGUGGAGCUGCUGAAGGACGAGGGCCUGCAGUUUCUGGAGAGGCUGUACAUGAAGAGGAACUCGCUCACUACACUGCCUGACAAUCUUGCUCAGAAGCUCCCAAACCUAAUUGAACUGUAUUUGCACUCAAACAACAUAAUGAUUAUUCCUGAAGCUAUUGGAAACCUGGCCAGGCUGCAGUCCUUGGAUCUGAGCAAUAACGCCCUCCAGCUCCUCUGUCCAGAGAUUGGCCGACUGAGGUCCCUGCGGCACCUGAGACUGUCCAAUAACCAGCUGAAAUGCAUUCCUCCAGAGAUCGGUGAUCUGCACGAACUGGAGACUCUGGACGUAUCCAUGAAUCAGCUGAUGUCUCUACCACAUCGUCUGCAUCGCUGUCUGUCUCUACAGAAUCUGACAGCCGACCACAACCUGCUGUGCCAUGUUCCCCGGCAGCUCUGCUGGCUCCACCGCCUCAACCAGCUCUCCAUGGCUGCCAACCGGCUGACCUUUCUACCGCUGGAUCUGGGCAGAUCGCGGGAGCUGCAGUUUGUUUUUGUGGACAAUAACGUGGACCUGAAAGGCCUCCCCUCAUACUUGUAUAACAAGGUCAUCGGCUGCAGCGGGUGCGGAGUGUCAUCGCAGGGGCUGGAGGGCGACCUGCGAGAGGUCCCGGGUGAGGCGCUGAGUCAAGCCCUGGUCGGGUUAUCAGCUGAAGUGAAGGUGGUUGGCUCAGAAACCGAUAACGUGGUUCCCCUGGAGGAGCUCGCCAUGAGGACACUGCACCGCAUCUACCACCACCGGCCAACAGACCUGAACCUGCUGCCUCCCAUCACCCUCCCAAAGAGCCUCCUGGACCUGCUGCAGUUCCCUCUGGGUCACUGUCACCGCUGCAGCCAAGCCAUGUUCACCAUCAUCUACCCCAAACUCUUCCCCCUCCGUGACACCGCCCUGGCAGGAGUGCACCGCAGGACGACUGUGAGUUUUGUGGCCUACUGCUGCUCCAGUCACUGCCUCCGGACUUUUGACCUCCAGGGUUGAAAUCCCUUGAUUCUCCGUUUACACAUUCGAUGCAGAAGCUGUUGACUGGGUUUCCAGCAGGUGACGGAUGAAGAGCUUGUUGUUUGUGUGGAUCUUGAAUCUGUGUGCUGCUACAGUGCAGGGAGUCUGUGCUUGAAACAAAGAACCACAGGGAUGAAGUGUCCGUGGAUGUUUGAUGGGUCAGAUUAUGGACACAGGGCUCAGCAGCGUUUCAACACUGUAGACAAAGACUCAAACCUACAUGAAGCUUCUGACAGGAGUCAAACUUGAACGAGUGCACCCCUGUGUGUGUGUGUGUGUG